UGUACGUAAGCGACAUGAAGCGGGAAGUCUAAUAUAUCGAGCUCAGAAACAACAGCUAGGAAUCACCAUGCAGCGUUUAAGUAGGAUGAAGAAGGAGAUACAGAUGCUGUCUCAAUCCCCGCCUCAUGGAAUAUCAUGUUGGCCAAAGGAUGAUAAAAUAGAUGAACUAGAGGCUCAAAUUCUUGGUGGUGAUGGCACUCCAUAUGAAAAUGGAAUAUUUAAGAUUGAAAUUCAGGUUCCAGAAAGGUAUCCUUUUGAGCCACCAAAAGUGCGGUUUAUAACACCCAUCUACCAUCCCAACAUUGACAAUGGUGGACGUAUCUGUCUCGAUACCCUCAAAAUGCCUCCUAAGGGAGCAUGGAAGCCAUGUUUGAAUAUUAGUACAGUUCUCACUUCCAUACAACUUCUAAUGGCAGAACCAAACCCGGAGGAUCCACUCAUGACAGAAAUUUCCAAUGAAUUUAAAUACAACAAAGUUUUGUACCUGCAACAUGCGAAAGAAUGGACCAAGCAGCACGCAAUGGCAGAGGUCACCGCCCCUCUACAGCUAACAAAACAUGAUGAAGUGAAUGUGGGACAGGAAAAUUCAGUUCAGACAACAAAAGGAAAACCUGAAAAUUCUGGUGAGAAGAGGCAGCAACACAUAGCAGACAUUACAAAUAAAAAGGCCAGAAGAUGAUAAGGGGACAUAACAUUACACGAUAUAAAGUCAUGUUUUGGUCUCUUGUAAAAGACCUUGCUAGGUUUGAUAGUUUCAAUUCGAGGAACAAAUCACUGAAAUAUAGUGUUAAUGAAAGGAGUUGAAGGUCAAGGUCAGAGAGGAUGGAGUGAAAUAUUGUUUUAUCGUGUAACUUGCCUAUUAUAGCUACCCUGUCAUAUAUCUUUGUCUUAGAUAGGGUUGUCAUGUGUAAUAACACUUUAGUGUUGUCAUCAUAUUUUAAUGAAUAUAUGACGUUGACACGAUUGUCUCUUUAGAGAAACACAUACUACCAGGAGUUAAAAUUUGUCUGUCUUAAUAUAGAAAUGAAUUUGAAAGUUUUUGCUUAUUUGUAUUCUUAUAAAUAAGUGUUAUGUGAUCAACAGAAGCUCACACUUGUGGUUUGGUAAUAUAGAACUGUUAAACUAGUCAAAUGUUAUUCUAUAUGCCUUUCACCUUUGGGAGAGUGGCAUAUAAAAUAAUAAUAUAAAAUUACAAAAAAAAUGAAUGACUGAAUUACUAAAACGUAUCUUCUAACAUGUUAUUUUCAUUAGAUGCAACUGUAGGUACAUCUCAUAACUUCCUAACGGAUAACAAUAUUUAUAAUUUUCUUGUUGACUUGUUGCUUGAAAUUUUCUUUUUAAUAAAAGAAAAAUGAUGUUUUUUUACGGUAUGGCACUGUUUGAGGUGAUAUUCAGAUUCAUAGAUAAUGUGAAUCUCGCCUGAGUACUGUAAACGUAUUUAUUUUAGCGCAAUCAAAUUUUAGCGCAUUUGCAGAUUUUAGCCAGUUAACGCAAUGAUGAAUUAGCGCAUCAACAGAACUUUCUAUAGAAAUAGAACGUAG